UUCUCUCGCUUGCCCGCUCGCUCUCACUGAGUUUUAGCGGCACUCUACCGCUACCAUUCUCUCUCUCUCUCUCUAAAUUCCCCAUUAUCGUCUUCCGAGAGCUCGACGCUCAAUCGCAUCGUCCUCGCUCGAGUCGCAUUGCCCGCCUCCUCCUCCGGCUCCAACCUUCGGCCGGCGCAGAUCUAACCUCCCGGCCGCCGCCAGAUCCGAGCCGCGGCUUCGAUCGCCGUCGUUGAUUUCCCGAUGGAGGAGGCCCUGGAGCUCGCCCGCGCCAAGGACACGAAGGAGCGGAUGGCCGGGGUGGAGCGCCUCCACCAGCUCCUGGAGGCCUCCCGCAAGGGCCUCUCCGCCGCGGAGGCCACGUCGCUGGUGGACUGCUGCUUGGAUCUCCUCAGGGACAACAACUUCAGGGUCUCCCAGGGCGCGCUCCAGGCCCUGGCGUCCGCCGCGGUGCUCUCCGGCGAGCACCUGAAGCUGCAUUUCAAUGCGCUCGUCCCCGCGGUGGUCGAGCGGCUCGGCGACGGCAAACAGCCGGUCAGGGACGCUGCUAGGCGGCUCCUGCUCACUCUGAUGGAGGUCUCUUCUCCCACGAUCAUUGUCGAAAGAGCAGGUUCUUAUGCCUGGACGCACAAAAGUUGGAGGAUUAGAGAAGAGUUUGCCCGAACUGUAACUUCUGCUAUCAGCCUUUUUGCAUCUACCGAGCUUCCCCUUCAGCGGGCAAUUCUUCCUCCUAUAUUACAAAUGUUGAAUGACUCAAAUCAUGGUGUUAGAGAAGCAGCUAUUUUGUGCGUUGAGGAGAUGUAUGCUCAAGCGGGUGAUCAAUUUCGUGAUGAACUUCAGCGACAUUCUCUUCCUGUUUCCAUGGUAAGAGAUAUCAAUGCAAGACUAGAGAGAAUUGAACCCCGAAACCGCUCUUCAGAUGGACUUAGCAACAAGGUUGCUGCUGGAGAAACGAAGCCAGUGAGCAUUAAUCACAAAAGAAGCAGUCCAAGAGCAAAGAACUCCUCAAGGGGAGCUUCUCUCUUUGGAGCUGAAGGUGAUGUUACAGAGAAACCCAUAGAACCAAUAAAGAUCUAUUCGGAGAAAGAGCUAGUAUUGGAAUUUGAGAAGAUUGCCUCUGCUCUUGUACCAGACAAAGACUGGUCUGUGCGCAUUGCUGCCAUGCAGCGAGUUGAAGGGCUUGUUUCUGGAGGUGCAUCAGACUAUCCAUGUUUCAGGGGACUUCUGAAGCAAUUUGUGGGCCCUCUCAGCACGCAGUUAUCAGACCGAAGGUCUAGCAUAGUUAAGCAGGCUUGCCAUCUGUUAUGCUUUCUAUCUAAGGAACUCUUAGGAGAUUUUGAGGCUUGUGCUGAGAUUUUUAUCCCGGUUCUUUUUAAGUUAGUUGUGAUUACUGUACUUGUGAUUGCAGAGUCUGCAGAUAACUGCAUAAAAACGAUGUUAACAAAUUGCAAGGUUGCUCGGGUACUUCCUCGUAUUACUGAUUGUGCAAAAAAUGACCGAAAUGCAGUACUUCGCUCAAGGUGCUGUGAAUAUGCAUUGUUGAUAUUAGAACAUUGGCCUGAUGCACCAGAAAUCCAGAGAUCGGCCGAUCUAUAUGAAGAUCUUAUAAGAUGUUGUGUUGGCGAUGCAAUGAGCGAGGUUCGAUCAAUUGCCAGGACGUGCUAUAGAAUGUUUUCAAGAACUUGGCCAGAGCGGUCUCGGCGCUUAUUCUCGUCCUUUGAUCCUGUCAUUCAAAGGACCAUUCAUGAAGAGGAUGGGGGCAUACAUAGAAGGCAUGCUUCCCCAUCUGUUCGUGAUAGAAGUCUACAGAUGCCAUCUAAUCCUCAUACGUCUGCCCAAACAAAUCUAGCAGGAUAUGGGCCCUCGGCAAUUGUGGCGAUGGAUAGAACUGCAAGUUUACCAUCCGGGACAUCUCUCUCUUCUGGGUUGCUUCUGUCGCAAACCAAGUCCCUUAGUAAAGGUAGCGAACGUACUCUUGAAAGCGUGUUGCACUCAAGCAAGCAGAAGGUCACUGCCAUUGAAAGCAUGCUUAGAGGUCUGGAUGUCUCUGAGAAGCAUAAUCCUUCUGCUCCUCGGUCAUCUAGUUUAGAUCUAGGAGUUGACCCUCCAUCCUCUCGCGAUCCACCACUUCCGCCCGCUGUUCCUGCUUCCAAUCAUCUCACAACCUCUUUUCUUGGAGACCCCAUUUCCUCAAGUACCACCAAAGGUAGUAGUCGUAAUGGUGGCUUGAAUUUGUCUGAUAUCAUGACUCAAAUUCAGGCUUCAAAGGACUCCACAAAAUUAUCAUAUCAAAGUGGCAUUGCGAGUGAGCCUUUGUCAACAGUCUCCUCGUACUUGGCUAAGAGAGCUUCUGACAGAGUACAUGAAAGAGUCUCCAUUGAGGAAAAAAGGGAUUCUAGAGAGGCUAGACGUAUUACAAGUGCACACAUUGAUAGGCAAUAUCUAGACACGCCUUACCGAGAUGGAGACUUUAAGGAUUUGCAGAGCAGUUACAUACCUAAUUUCCAAAGGCCAUUAUCAAGAAAGCAUGUGGGGGGUCGGACAUCUGCAAACAGGAGGAGUUUCGAUGAUUUCCAGAUACCAGUGGGGGAGAUGGCCAAUGUGGUGGAUGGUCCAACUUCUCUAGUUGAAGCUCUAAGUGAGGGACUCAGUUCAAAUUCUGACUGGUCAGCUCGCGUUGGGGCUUUUAAUUAUCUUCAGUCCUUGUUGCAACAAGGACCCAAAGGCAUUCAAGAAGUUGUGCAGAAUUUCGAGAAAGUCAUGAAGUUGUUUUUCCAGCACUUGGAUGAUCCCCAUCAUAAAGUAGCACAGGCAGCUCUUUCCACUCUUGCAGAAGUCAUUCCUGCUUGUCGAAAGCCCUUUGAAAGUUACAUGGAGAGGAUCCUCCCGCAUGUUUUCUCGCGGCUGAUUGACCCAAAGGAGUUAGUCAGGCAACCAUGUUCGGCAACACUUGAUGUUGUAAACAAGACUUAUGGUGUAGAUUCUCUAUUACCUGCUCUGCUUCGAUCACUAGAUGAGCAGCGGUCGCCGAAGGCAAAGUUGGCUGUGAUUGAAUUUGCAAUCGGCUCGUUUAACAAGCAUGGUAUAAAUUCUGAAGGUACCGGUAACAGUGGUAUAUUGAAACUGUGGCUAGCUAAGUUGACUCCAUUGGCCCAUGAUAAAAAUACAAAGCUCAAAGAAGCAGCUAUUAAUUGCAUCAUAUCCAUUUACAACCAUUAUGACUCGACAGCAUUGCUUAAUUUUAUGUCAAGUUUGUCAAUUGAACAACAAAAUUCCUUGAGACGGGCACUGAAGCAGUACACUCCUCGGAUUGAAGUGGACUUAAUGAACUUCUUACAAAACAAGAAAGAGCGACAUCGGCCUAAAUUGACUUAUGAUCCAUCUGAUACAGUUGGUUCAUCCUCUGAAGAAGGUUAUGUUAGCAUGUCAAAGAAGAGUAGUUUGUUUGGAAGGUAUUCUGCUGGUUCAGCAGACAACGACGGUGUCAUGAAGUGGAGUUCUGGUCAAGAGUCGUCUAUUGUUACUCCAAGUUUUCCUACAGCUUCCAAGGAAACACAGGAUAACUUACAUUUAGACUUUCCUAGUUCCAACACCAGGGAAUCAAACUACAUGGAGGAGUUAAGUGUCCAGAACACGGGCUAUAUGCCUGGUCCCGUGGAUUACUUGGACCAUAGUAUGAACUCAGAAAAUAUGUCCACUCCACGUGUGCACAUUGAUGGUCUUAUCAAUUCGGAGCAAGUACCUUCUGGAGGCAAUGUUCUAGGGAAUGAAACUUCAGGGGAUGCAGAUAUUAAUCAUCAAAAAGCUAUUGGUUGGCAGAGCAACACACUAUCUGACUCUGAACCUAGCAUUCCCCAAAUUCUUCACUUGAUUGGCAAUGGCAACGAAGAUAAUGCAUUUUGUAAUAAGCACAGAGGACUUCAACGGUUGGUCGAAUUAUCUGCAUCUAAUGACAUAUCUGUUUGGGCAAAGUACUUCAAUCAAAUAUUGACAAUUGUGCUUGAGGUGCUAGAUGAUCAUGAUCCCACAAUUCGAGAACUUGCUCUGUCAUUAAUUAUGGAAAUGCUUAAAAACCAGAAGGAUAUGAUGGAAGAUUCAGUUGAGAUUGUAAUAGAGAAGCUGCUUCAUGUGACAAAAGAUACUGUCCCCAAGGUUUCAAAUGAUGGAGAGAACUGCUUGACAGUUGUUCUGUCUCAAUAUGACCCAUUCAGAUGUUUGAGUGUUGUCGUUCCAUUGUUGGUUGCGGAAGAUGAGAAAACUCUUGUUACUUGUAUAAAUUGUCUGACAAAGCUUGUGGGCCGUCUUUCCCAAGAGGAAUUGAUGGCACAAUUGCCUUCAUUUUUGCCUGCUCUUUUUGAAGCAUUUGGAAACCAAAGUGCAGAUGUUCGGAAGACGGUUGUUUUCUGUCUGGUGGACAUCUAUAUCAUGCUUGGCAAAGCAUUCCUGCCUUACUUGGAAGGACUCAACAGCACACAAUUGCGCUUGGUGACCAUCUAUGCUAAUCGCAUCUCUCAGGCCCGAACAGGCACUGCCAUAGACAUUAACCAAUGAAUGGAGCUGGUGUUUGUGAGAACAAACUGGGCCGCUAUGGUGUCGUCGGCAUGUAAUGGUUAAUCUGUUGUCUCUUUUUUGUAUAUCAUGUGAAUGCAUUCAUUGUAAAAAGUCGAGUUUUUCUUUCCCCUUCCCCCCAUUUCAGUCUUUGUAAUGUGUCUAUCAUGUGCUUGGCUUAAUCCAUCAGUCUCCCGCCUCCUGCGAGAAGUUGUGUAGUUAACACUCUGAGGAUGAUACCCUAUUAUAUGCAACGGCAAAAUAUGUACAAUGGCAAAAUAGUUUUGGCUCGUGUCUGUUGUAUGCCCGAUCUCGUUGGCGAUGUUACUCUAUCAGUAUCUAAUUUUUUAUGAUACCUAUUACGUCAA